AUGUCUUCUUCACCAGAACCCCAGCAGCAGCAAAAAUCCCAAAAGCAAAUCGACACCGAGUUCACAUCCUACUACCUCCAGCGCGCGACUCAAGAAUUCGGGGAGGCCCUCGACGCGGUCCGUUCAGCCGAUGACUUCAAGCCUGACUCUUCGAUCGCCGUGUUGAUCAGCGCGCUGCAACAGGGGACUGGGAUGUUUAGUGAGGAGGAUAAGAGGGCUGUUAUCUGCUCGGAGGGCGCGGCGAGGUCGUCGAAGUAG